AGGGGUUACACUUUUACCACUCCCCAUUCCAUCCUCUAUUACAGCCGGGUACUGAUAAAGUUCAUUAAUGUUACCUGUAUUAAUAUUUUACAUGUAAUUCGAGUUUCUUUCUGAUUUAGUCAUAACAUGUCCAGUCUAAAAUGUGUCCUUGUUUCCUCUAUCAAGACUCUGAAGACGUUAAGACAUAAUGCCCAGAACAUUUAUCCAAGAAAAGCUGUAUCAGGAUACCAGUUCGGUUUGGCAGCUUUCCUGUCAAGACGCUGCGAAGGAGUCUGUGUAAGAUCAUCCAGACAGUCCAGCUCCUCAGCAGCACUCAAUGAGAAAGGGGAGGACUCCAUACUGAAAUGGCUCCUGUUGCUGAUUCCAGCUACUACAUUUGGCCUGGGGACAUGGCAGGUUAAGCGCCGGCAAUGGAAACUGCAGCUAAUCCAGGAGCUGCAGAGUCUGACUACUGCAGAGCCCAUAGACCUCCCUAUAGAGCCCAUGGAGCUGAACUCUCUGGAGUACAGGAGAGUGAAGGUGCGCGGGCGAUUCGAUCACUCUAAGGAGCUGUACAUCCUCCCUCGCUCGCAGGUGGACCCCGAGCGGGAGGCCAGGGAGGCUGGGAGAAUCACCUCGAGUGGGGAGAGUGGGGCGAACGUCGUCACUCCCUUUCACUGCACUGACCGCGGGGUAACAAUCCUUGUAAACCGAGGCUUUGUUCCAAGAAAGAAGAUCAAUCCAGAAACAAGAAUGAAAGGACAGGUCCAAGAGGAGGUGGAUCUGGUGGGUGUCAUCAGGCUGACAGAGGUACGGAAGCCCUUUGUCCCUCAGAACGACACUGAGAGGAACCGCUGGCAUUUCCGUGACCUGGAGGCCAUGGCAAAGGUCGCCGGCACAGAGCCCAUUUUCAUUGAUGCCGACUUCAGCAGCACAAUUCCAGGAGGGCCCAUUGGAGGACAGACUCGAGUGACUUUGAGAAAUGAGCAUAUGCAGUACAUCAUUACAUGGUAUGGCCUCUGUGCAGCUACCACCUAUAUGUGGUACUGGAAGUUCAUCAGAAGAAUACCCUUGUAGAAUUCAGAGACAAAAACCCACAUGCAGGUUGGCUGUGCUGUCCCAAUACUUUUGAUAAAGCAGAUUAAUGAAGUUGCAGUAGUUUGGAUUAUACUGUAAAUAUUGAUAAAGAAUUAUAGUAGUGUUGACAUCUUUAAAGUGUCCCUCUGAAAAUAAAGUGCAACUAAAACAGUAUGUAUUGCAAGAGGUCUACUUGUAGCUUUAAAAACUGGUGGCUGGUUUCCAAACCCUGAUCAACAGUAAUCUUGGGCUACCUAAUGUUACUUUAGGUAAGGUAGUUGAAGCCUAGCUCUACCAGGAUCUGAUAAAUCUGAGAUGGGAGGAACAAGUAAUUAAUUUCAUUUAAACUGCAAACACCUCAUCCCUUGGAUGACGUAUCAGCAUAACAGUUCUAAAAAGCUGGGCUGGAUGCAAGCAAAGUGAAUGUCCAGAACAUUUUGCAUCACCCUAUAGAAUGAACUCAUUUUGCUUCAUAAGUCAAAAGUUACAUUAACAUACUGAAUAACUUACUGCUUCAGUUUUCCCAUAUACUUGACAAAUGAGAAAUAGAAAAAUGUGAUGUUUCAAAAUCUAACAUUAAAUAUUGUACUACUA